AGAACACCUGCAGCCCGCCGACCGACUGGUCAACAAGCUGAUCUUUUACCAUGUAGUGGUCAGACCCAAUAUAAUAUGCGAUCCGCGUCCAAUGCCCUGCAGUACUCUGUGCCUAGACAACAUCAGCUAUGGGAUUGCCCAUUUUCUGUUUGUUUAUUUAUUUAUUUAUUUUUUUUAAAAGAAAUUAAUCCCCCAAUAACGACUUUAUUGGCCUUUUGUCUUGUUCCUGGGACGUGCUCGAUCAUAUUAUUCAUCCCAUGGGUGAAAAAUAAAAUAACCACAGCCUUUCGGUGAUCUUCAAUCCACCGAGGACAGGAAAUGAGCUUGCUGCAGCUCCGCUGUUCUCGCCUUACAGCUGACGUGGAUGUAUACACUGCUUGUAGACAGAUAUAAAUAUUCAAGAUCCGCUCUGUCCUGUCUGGACUCUGCGAUCUGGUUGAGCUCCUGUUGAUCAUCCCUCGCUAUGCUGUUCUAUUAAGCACUACUUAUGCAGAGUAGAUAAUACCUUUAUUUAUCCUGGUCCUUCAUCGACAAGGGAUCUGCCGCAUAAGGCCUGCGGUCUGUUAAUAGUCGUCGGGGUUCUUUCCUUCUGUUAUUAUUUAUUUCCUACCUUAUUUCAUCCUCUUGUCCUUACUUUAUACCAUUACCUCUUGCAUCUGCAUUAAGAUUCACAUCUAGCUUCGCCAUGUGGCCCGGAUGGCCUGGAUUGGUCGCUAUUGGGGCUGCCAGUGCUGUCAAAGCCGACCUAGCUUAUUCCCCCCCUUUCUACCCGUCCCCAUGGGCAUCGGGCCAAGGAGAAUGGGCUGUUGCCCAUCAGAGAGCCGUCGAAUUCGUCUCCAAUUUGACUCUGGCCGAGAAGGUCAAUCUAACAACUGGUGUUGGUUGGCAGGAGGAGAGCUGCGUUGGUGAGUCGGGGAGUAUUCCAAGACUUGGAUUCUGGGGUAUUUGCACGCAGGACUCUCCAUUGGGUGUUCGUUUCGGCGACUACGUUUCUGCUUUCCCCGCCGGCGUCAAUGUAGCCGCUACCUGGGACAGGAGUCUCGCCUACCUCCGCGGCAGGGCCAUGGGCGAGGAGCACCGUGACAAGGGUGUGGAUGUCCAGUUGGGACCCGUUGCUGGUCCUCUUGGCAGGCACCCGGAUGGUGGCAGAAACUGGGAGGGAUUUUCUCCCGAUCCCGUUCUGACUGGUGUCAUGAUGGCGGAGACGAUCAAGGGAAUCCAGGACGCUGGAGUCAUUGCGUGCGCAAAGCAUUUCAUCGGCAAUGAGCAGGAGCAUUUCCGUCAGUCCUCCGAAGCCCAGGGCUACGGGUACAAUAUCACGGAGAGUGUGAGCUCGAAUAUUGAUGACAAGACGCUCCACGAGCUCUAUCUUUGGCCCUUCGCUGAUGCUGUUCGUGCUGGAGUGGGUUCCGUCAUGUGCUCCUACAACCAGGUCAACAACAGCUAUUCCUGCUCCAACAGUUACCUGCUAAACAAGGUCCUCAAGGCUGAGCUUGGCUUCCAGGGCUUUGUCAUGACCGACUGGGGCGCCCACCACGGUGGCGUUAGCACUGCAUUCGCUGGCUUGGACAUGCCCAUGCCCGGCGACGUGGCCUUCGGCAGUGGUACUUCCUUCUGGGGAACAAACCUGACUGCGGCUGUUCUGAAUGGCACAAUCCCCGAGUGGCGUAUUGACGACAUGGCCGUCCGCAUCAUGUCUGCCUUUUACAAAGUCGGUCGUGAUGCUGUUCGCACACCUCCCAACUUUAAUUCCUGGACCACUGCCGAAUUUGGCCCUCUGCAUGCACAAGCUGGCCCUGAAUAUGGCUGGGGCAAGGUCAACGAGCGAGUCAAUGUACGAGGCCAGCAUGCACAAGUGAUCCGCGCAAUCGGCUCGUCUAGCACCGUCCUCCUGAAGAACAAUGGCGCUCUCCCAUUGACUGGAAAGGAGAGGUUUGUCGCUGUUCUAGGCGAGGACGCAGGAUCCAACGCCUACGGUGCCAAUGGCUGCGAUGACCGUGGGUGCGACAAUGGUACCCUAGCUAUGGGUUGGGGCAGUGGCACGACCAAUUUCCCGUACCUGGUUACUCCCGAGCAAGCUAUUCAGAACCAGGUUAUUCAGAACGGGCUAGGGGAAGGUGAAGUAUAUGCUGUUACCGAUAAUGGUGCCAUCAAGCAGAUGGUCGAUCUUGCUUCUCAAGCCAGCGUCUCACUUGUUUUCGUCAAUGCCGACUCCGGAGAAGGGUAUAUCAACGUCGAUGGCAACGAAGGUGACCGGAAGAACCUUACGCUCUGGAAGAACGGCGAGGCUGUCAUCAAGAACGUGACUGCGAACUGCAAUAACACUGUUGUGGUCAUUCACAGCGUGGGACCCGUGCUGAUCGGCGAGUGGUAUGACCAUCCGAACGUCACUGCUAUCCUUUGGGCUGGUGUUCCUGGCCAGGAGAGUGGCAAUUCCCUGGUCGAUGUUCUGUAUGGAAAGGUAAGCACUGGAGCGAAGACCCCGUUCACCUGGGGAAAGACGCGUGAGGCGUACGGAGAAUCUCUGCUUGUGGAACCUAAUAACGGCGUUGGCGCACCUCAAGACGACUUUACUGAGGGCGUCUUCAUCGACUACCGACACUUUGACAAGAACGAUGAGACUCCCAUCUAUGAGUUUGGCUAUGGUCUAAGCUACACCACGUUCUCUUAUUCCAACCUCCAGGUCCAAGCCCUGAACCCCUUGCCUUACAAGCCUGUUACUGGCAAGACUGGUCCCGCACCUUCACUAGGAAGCGCAGGGAAAGCCUCGGAUGAUCUGUAUCCUAGUGGACUGCGGAAGGUCGCCAAAUACAUUUACCCAUGGCUGAACUCUACCGACCUCAAGGCAUCAUCGGGAGACCCCGACUACGGCCUUGAUACCUUGGUGUAUAUCCCCGCCGGUGCGAGUGACGGGUCCCCUCAGCCUAUUCUCCCUGCCGGCGGCGGACCGGGCGGGAAUCCUGGUCUCUAUGACGAACUCUUCUGGGUCUCCGCAACCAUCACCAACACGGGGGACGUGAUUGGUGAUGAGGUACCGCAACUGUACGUUUCCCUCGGUGGCCCUGACGAACCCAAGGUAGUCCUCCGCGGCUUCAACCGGUACACACUUGGCCCCGGACAGCAGGCCGUAUGGACAGCAAGCUUGACCAGGCGCGAUCUCUCCAACUGGGACCCUGAGACCCAGAAUUGGUAUAUAAGCAAGUACCCCAAGACAGUAUACGUCGGGAGCUCUUCUCGGAAUCUGCCUCUUAAUGCGACGUUGCCUCUUUAGGCUAUUGUCAUUACUAGGUCACCUUAGUUAGCACAUCUCAUACGUCGCGGGGGAUGUACAACCGCUUAGGGCAAUAUACAUCAAUGUACAGCUUCUUCUCUCUCACACCGCGUAACACGCGCAUCGUACCUUGACAGCUAUCCAUAGGAUCUGCAUAGUGGAUGAGCGAAAAAGUGGAUUUGGAAAUUGGCUCUUUUUCUUUUUGAGGACCACGAUUGAACUGUACUCAAGGUAGUCUUCAUAACUUCAUACUAUUAAUUGGCAUUGUAUGGGAAUAAUCCAGUUUCAAUAUGAGCUUCAUGGAGUAGCGAAGGAGAGAAGGGCUUCUAGGUCAGCU